UUUCAGUGUUAAAGUUUGUGGGUCACAAACCGGUGGGUGAAAUCACAUCAUCCGAGAGGCAUUUCCGUCGGAAAAGCAUGGCUCAUACUUCAUAUGUAUUUUAAUUAACUCCAGAGUCUGUCGACGUGGGAGUUGUACAUAAUGUACAACCACCAGCUAAUUAACAGCAUCAAAAUACACAAAUCCAAAACAGCUGAGUUACAGAUCUGACGCACUCUUCAUUAUGUCAGUCUACUUUUAGUUUGGAUUUUGACUCUCCUUGUCUUUUUAAUGAAAUUUCACGGAUGACCUUUGACUUUUUCGCAUGUUGCUCCCCAACAGCGGUAGAAACUAUCUGGCAAAGACAGUUGUCUAUGUAAAAAGUUAAAACUGUGUCAUCACCUUCACAUGAACUGGCACUGACUGGGACUGAUUUUGGGGUUUGAGGCGACUUUGCUGUGAGGCAGUGGCUGGGAUUCAGGUGCUGAUUGAAGGCAGGUGUGCCUGAAUGUGCCUCCGCCCUGUGCUGCCUUUCAUCUUUGUUGUGUUUCUGUGUCCGGACGAGGGUCCACCUCAGGUGCUGCGGACCAAAGGCAGAGCUGGGCUUCCUUAAGGCUGAAGUGUGUUGCCAGGUAAGUCUACAGAGAUGUCAUCAAAUGGUGUUUAAAAGCUGUUGACUGUAAGAUCUCAUCGGGAUGGAGAUGGAACAGAGGGCUGGGAGUUGUCCUGCCCCGGGCCAAAAUUCUGUGGGGACCUGGCCCUCCUCCAGCACAAGAGAAGCACCCUGGACACCCACUGACAUGACUUCACGUUUUCAUGGAGAUGGCGUCCGCUACAAAGCCAAGCUGAUCGGUGUGGAUCCGGUACAUGACGCCCGGGGAGACAAGAUGUGCUGGGACUCCAUGAUGAAGCUAAAGGGCUUUGAGUCAGUAGCGAGGAGACAGGGGAAACACAAACAGAGAGUCUGGCUGAAUGUUUCCUCCAGUGGCCUGAAAAUAGUGGACGAAAGGACUGGGGCUGUACUUUAUGAUCAUGACAGGAGAAAGAUCAGCUCUUUGAAGAAAGAUGAGUCUGACCCCAGAGCUCUGGCCUACGUCUACCAACACCAAAACACCUACAGCCUCUUCUACAUCAAGACGGCCAACCUGGCAGCGUCGGUCCUGAUCGACAUCGCAGAGGUUUGUCAGCUUCUGGACCAAGAGAUACCACAGGAACCUGCAGAGGCACCAACACAAAAAACUACCGCAGUGCCUCUAAAUGAGAGUACAGCCCCUCCAGCUGAGGAACCUGCUAUAAAUGAUGAGCUCAGUUCACAGCCAGAUUCUUCGACAGAACAAAAUCAAAACCAGGCCUCGUUCAGUAAUGAGUUGAUGGAAGUUUUCUCCGUUCAAAUGCCGGAGCCAAUGAUGCCCACCCAAAGCCCGUGUACCAGUCAGCCAGAGUCUCCACAGCCAACAGUCUCCACCUCUCAGAUCCUCCCCAUGUUCCCCGCACAGCCAGUAGGGGGCUCUCCAUACUCCUCUCCUCCAUACUCUCCUACCACCAUGUCUUGGGGCCAACAGGGACUUCUGGGAAAUCAGUGGACACGUCCGGCUGUGGCGCCGUGGUCCACAGUGCCUGGCAGUAUGGCAACAUGGACACCAGCAGGCACUGCAGCGCCCCCUUCAGGCAGUCAGCCAGGAGUCAUGAGGGGAGGAAACACACCCACGGCUCUCAACGGUUACCCCACUCCCUCAAACUCCCUCUGUGAGCCCACUGAAGCAACAGGACCACUGCAGCAAGGGUCCCCCACCUUGGACCAAAAUCUCUUCCAGUGAUGACCUGCUUAGAUGAGAAAAUUGUUCGUGUGGUUUGGAUUGUAGGGGGAAGCAUUAAAAUGGAUUGAUGACUUGAUUUGAUUGAUGAAUUUGCACAUUUCUCAUGCGUCUUAAGAGGAUUUACUGUAGCUGCUGUGCUGUCUCAGACGAAAUUUCUAAUUACAGUCACUGAAUAUUCACAAUUUUGAUUUACGUGGACGGUGUGGAACAACAAUAACAAAAAUAUGCAUUAAAUAGGAGCCCAAGGAAGAUCACACAAAUUUAAUUUGUUAUGUGCUGUCUAUUUGGCUUGACCUUCAAUGUCAGUUUAAACUGGGAAAUAAUAAGUAUGUUCUGUUUUUCAGUUUGAUCUGAUACUUGAAAUGACUUUUCCUUUCUUUACUUGAUUUCUAUGUGACUUUGCUUUGUGUUUGUCAAAUUAACCAGCCUUGUCUUUUUUAAAAA